AAAACAAAAACAAGCUCAUUUUUACUUUCACUGGAACGCUCAAAAAAGUCAAUUAAAGGCUGUCCCUCCUACUCUCUCGGACUAAAAUGGCAACAGCGUCUCCGCCAUCGCCGCCUUUACAGGAGAACGCCGACGCUGACAGCGACAGCAGGCUCCGGGAGGCCGAAGACCGCCUCCGCGAAGCCAUCGAGGAGCUCCAGCGACGCCAGCGCAGGGCAGAGGCCGCGCGGGGCCCUCACCGUCACCAGCACCAUCAGCAUUGUCCGCCCUGCGACCACGCCGCCGAAGAGCCUUCGUGCGUGGCAAACGCCAUCGGAAACCUCUGCCAGAGCUUCCUCCUCUCCUACGGCGUCCGCGUCGGUAUCGGUAUCCUCCUCCGCGCUUUCAAGCUCGCCCGCCGCCAGUCCUACUCCUCACUCCUCGAUCUCAAGCAACUGGUCUCAGAAAAGGAUUUAAUAGUAAGAGAGGAAGCAUGCCGUAUCGGUUUAUUUUUUGGUGGCUUCACUGGAUCUUAUCAUGCCCUUAGAUGUUUGUUGAGAAAGUUGAGAAAGAAAGAGACGCCAUUGAAUGCCAUUUUAGCAGGUUCAGUUGCUGGUCUGUCUAUUUUAGCCCUAGAGGAUUCUAACCGGAGGCGCACACUUGCUUUAUAUCUUCUUGCUAGACUAGGCCAGUGUGCUUAUAAUUCGGCAAAGUCUAAGAACAAGUUUCACCUUUGGGGAAGCCAUUGGAGGCAUGGAGAUUCUUUGCUCUUUGCUUUGGCAUGUGCACAGGUUAUGUAUGCCUUUGUAAUGCGCCCUGAGAGCUUGCCAAAAUCAUAUCAAGACUUCAUCCAGAAGACUGGUCCAGUUGCGCAGCCUGUAUACAAGGCUGUAAGGGACAGUUGUAGAGGUUACCCUGUGGAUGUGUUCUCACUCUCCACUUACUUAUCUGACAGAAGGAAUUCCAACUAUGGAAAGUUGGAAGAGUUUCCCUCCAUUGUUCCUUGUUCAGUUAUUCACCCAGACACAAAUUCGUGUUUAGCUCACAAUGCAAAUGCUACAUCAGCUACAUUCAGGAAAACAUUUCCACUUUACUUCUCUUUGACCUUUGUACCAUUUGUUGUUUUGCACCUACAAAAGUUCAUGGAUGCUCCUGCUCGUACCUGCGGGCUUGCUGUCAAGGGUUCUGUUCGCUCGACAGCAUUUUUGUCAGCUUUUGUUGGAAUUUUUCAGGGAGUCAUAUGUAUGCAUAGAAAAGUCGCAUCAAAAGACCACAAGCUUGUAUAUUGGGUUGCAGGCGGUGUAGCUGCUCUUUCUGUUUUACUGGAGAAAAAAGCUAGACGUAGUGAACUUGCUUUAUAUGUUCUUCCACGAGCUGGAGAUUCAUUGUGGUAUAUCUUAGUGAACCGCAACCUGUUUCCAAAUUUUAGGAAUGCUGAGGUAUUUUUAUUUUGCUUCUGCAUGGGAGGCAUUAUGUACUAUUUGGAGCAUGAACCAGAAACCAUGGCUCCAUUCCUGAGGGGCUUGAUUCGACGCUUCCUCGCCAGCAGAAUUAGCAGUCCUGGCCUUUCAUCAAAUCGUAAUGCUUCAUACACUCAUUUGGAAACUCUCGAUGCCAUGAAGAAACCGAAUUUGCAAGAGGGUCGGCCAGAUGAAGGUUCACCUUCUCAGAAAUAUAAUCUUGAAUCCAUACAAGGGCUAUAAGUUACUCAUAAGGAAUUGAGGUUGGUGAGUGGAAUAUACCUCUUCCCUUUUUACUCUCCAACAGUUUUAUUUAAAAUCGCUGUUGUGAGUUAUAUUUUAAACGAAGGCAACGGAUGUCGAAUUAAUAAAUUCUCAGGCUGAAUUUGUUUUGAAAGUUGAAUUUAAACAAGUUCAUUCUGUAUAGACUAUAGAAAGUCUGUCUGGACGGACUCUGGACGUGUAAUUUUUAAUUUUUUUGGUUUGUUAAACGUGUCAAUUUGAAAAUGCACGGUAGCUUGCUAGCGCUUGUCAUAUAAAUGGAUGAAAAAUUAGACACA